UACCUCCAAAAAUAUUCCCUCCAAAAUGGAUCCCAUACAGGAUGUAGAUGGAAUUAUUGCAAUUGUGUGUGUAAUUAUGAUUAUGUCGGCAAUUAACCUGCAACAUAGAGAUCGUUUACGAGGUAGACAAUGGGUUCGCCCUUGGAUUGCACGUAGAGGACAAUACGGAGCUUACCAUGCACUAAUGCAGGAACUGAGGCAGGAAGACCCAAGGUCGUACAAGAAUUUUGUGAGAAUGGAUAAAGAUACUUUUACUGAGCUGUUAGAAUUGGUGACACCAUUGAUCAAGAAGAAAGAUACCUUUAUGAGGAAUUCUAUUUCUGCAGCUGAGCGACUAGCUUUGACUCUACGCUAUCUUGCAACAGGUGACAGUUAUGCAACACUACAAUACUUGUACAGAGUUCCAGCGACAACUGUUUCUGAAAUAAUUCCUGAAACUUGCCAAGCAAUAUACAAUGUUCUUAGAAAUACCUAUAUCAAGGUAACGAAUUUCAGUUGUUCAUUUAAAUGUUAUUCUUUGCGUAUUACAUAAUAUAUGAGUCUGAUUAAUUUUGAUUUACAAGUUAGCGUAAGUAGCAGAAUAUAAUUGCUGAGAACUUUCAUUUGAUUCAUUCCCAUGAACAGAAAGCAAACUAGAAAUUUUUCUCAUUCCUGUCGCCUGUGGUGACAUAUUGUCUGCAACCUGAGGUCUCCACAUUUGGCGUUCUGUUGUCAUGCUUGGUGUAGAACGGGCUUGCUCUUGUGCUUCAAAAAUUACAGUUUGCAGCUUCAAACGAACAUUAUUCUUUAGAAAAGGAUCUCUGAUUUUCCGUAAUUCAUUCGUUUUUUAGAUAUUUUCCAAAAACUGUGUCUUCAUCGUUUGUGUUAGUAUCCUCUGUUCUUGAUGUUCCCUGUGAAAACCUUGUUCUUAUCUCAGACAGAACAUUCACAGCCUCUGCCAUAGCUGCUGCAGGUCCAGACUUAUGCUUCUUUGGUUUUGGGAUCUGGGUGUCUUCAGUGUCUCUCUCCUCAGCUUCCUCAUCUCCAG